AUGGCAUACAAUCCCCGAAUGAGCAUCAUCCCGGCCUCGCAGCAACAAUCGCGGUCGAGGAAAAAGGAGGAAGAGGCCGACGCGUUUAUGCGGCUGCCGGACCGCGAGAUUGUGGGAUGCAUCACCGAUAUUGGCAUCAACUUCACCAUUGCCGAUCUGCAGAAGCCCAAUCCCACCCAUGUCCAGCAAAUCUUUGAGUGGUUCGCCGAACUGCUUCUCAAUGCGACACGCGAGACGGUCGAGCCGGCGAUGCGCGCCGCAGCGGAGGAUGUUUGCGGCGAGUUUGCCGAUGUCAUUUCGCCGGAUACGCGCAACCUGAUGGGCUUCUAUGUGUCGCUGAGACGGCUGCUCAUAGAAUGUGGCAUCCAUGACUUUAGCUUCAACGACCUGUAUAAGCCGACAUAUGAACGCCUGGUCAAGAUCUUCAGCUACCUGAUCAACUUUGUCCGGUUUCGAGAAUCCCAGACGAGCGUCAUUGACGAGCACUAUAACAAAGCUGAAUCGACAAAGACGAGGAUAGAGACUCUGUACCAACAGAACCAGGACAACGAGACUCGGCUGGAGGACAUGAAGAACAACCGGCAGGCCAUGGAGGCGCAGGUGCGGGAGAAGACGAUGCGAAACGAGGAGCUGAAAAGGCGCCUGCUAGAGCUCCGACGAAACCAAGAAAAGGUUGCGGCACGAUUGGAAGAGGCAAAACAGAAGAAAGGGGACUUGACAACUUUGCUGGAACAAAGGACACAAGAGAAAAUUACGCUGAAGCAAGAGAGCGCCAAACUGCGGCCGUAUGUGCUUCAGAGCCCGCUGGCUCUCCAACAGAAUCUGACGGAGCUCCGAGACAUUUUAAACAACGACAAAACGCGCAUCGAUGCGCUGGAUCGACGUGCUCGAGCACUUCAAACAUCAGCAGACUCGUUUGAUGUCGUAGGAGCAGAUGUGGCAUCCUGCAUCAAAGUCUUGGAGGACAUUGCGAUGGAGAUGGCGAGAGAGGACGAAGAGAUGGCCAAGAACACCAAGCAGCGCGAGGCACUAUCGGAAAGAGGAAACAAUGCUCGCGAGGUGGAGAGAGCAGAGCAGAUGCUCAAGCGACAGCUGGCCAAAUGGACGGAGCGGACGGAGAAGCUGCGAGAACAGAGCAACCAAAAGGCGCAAGAUGCCAAUGAUAAGAUGCACGAGCUGCGGGCAACGCACAAGAGGCUGACGGAGGAGCUCACGGACAAGGGCAAGGAGAUGGAAAUCCGACGAGUGAGGAUAGAGCAGACGGAGAAGAAGAUGGCUGAUCUGAAAGAAAAUAUUGAGAACGAAGUUCAUUCGGCGUAUGAUGAGUAUCUCAAAAUGGAGGCUCACAUCAAACUGUACAUUACCGAGAUGGAGCAGACAAUCAGCUAA